AUGCUGCGGCCACACUUAGAGUUCUCGGUGUACAGGCGGGAAGCGUGGCCAUCCCGAUCUGCAGCGGCUGAAUCCUUUCGCAGAAAACCCUUCUACCAAGCCUGGGAUCGCCGCGUCUUUGCGCAAUUCGUAAAAUACGGCUUGCGCGAUGUCUCGGUGGGCACUAAUAUCAAUGGUAAGAAUAGCCAGCCUGAAAUGACGACACCGGUAAGACUCACUACCCCUGUUCUGUAUGAGCUUGCCUCCUUUGCGCGGCCAUAUCACAAUCUCCCUGCCCCGGAUGCAGCGAUAGGCGAUUCUAGAAACCGCCUCACCCACCCGGAUCUCGACCCUCAGGUCAUUACAUCGUUGCCGUUUUAUCGUCCAGAGAUAACUGAACUUUUCCCUCGGCUGCCCUACCUACGACCGAGUGUCCUUUACAUCUACGGUAGUGAGUCCCAUAUGAGCCUUCCGGAGUUGAGGAGCGACAAACUGCGGACUACAGGAAUUGCUACCGGAGGCAGCGGCGGGGCUGCAGCUGGUCGCGUGCGCGAGGUCGUCAUGCAAGGGUUUUCACACCAGGUGCCGUUCGAAGCGGUCAAUGAAUGCGCAGAGGAGAUAUCUAGUUGGCUAGCCUGCGAAUCAAGGCGCUGGUGUAGAGAGGAACAGGCUUUUUACAAUUGGUGGGGUAACACUGCCAGCUCUGAUUCAAGGACUAUCGAGAAAGACUGGAAAGUCUAUGUUCCAAGGGGUAAUCGAGAGAAGUCAAACCUCAUGGCUGACCACCAUCCGAUCAUAGUCCGUCUCCAAGGCCAUAUAGCCGUCAUAAUUCUCAACCGGCCUGAUCAGCUUAAUGCGCUGGACCAGGAUCAUUAUUAUCAACUCGGUGAAUCUCUCCGCCAGUUGGAGAAAACCCCCGACAUUAAGAUAACAAUUCUCACUGGUACGGGGCGAUACUUUUCAGCGGGCACCGAUGUCAGAUCUGCCUUCGGAAACAAGCUCCAUGGAACGGACAUUCGGCGCAACAUGAGUGGCACUUUAUUCAACAACCUGGACCUCACUCAUACCUUCACCAAUUUUUCAAAGAUACUGAUUGUGGCACUGAAUGGCCCUGUCGUGGGGCUUCCGGCGGCGCUCGUCGCACAAGCAGACUUCAUCUAUGCCGCACCGCACACCUUCCUCCUCACGCCAUUUUCUUCGCUCGGUCUUGCAGCAGAGGGUGCAGCGUCUCGGUCCUUUGUGCGGCGCCUCGGCAUAUCCAAAGCAAGCGAGGCUUUGAUUAUGAGCAAGGAAAUUCCCUGCGACGAACUUGCUGCGUGCGGAUUCGUUAAUGAAGUGGUAUCUUCCCCUUCAGGAGAUCCAAAAGACUCGGUCGGGUUUCUGGAGCAGGUCCUUGCUGAAGUCCACCGGCGAUUUGACUCACUCACCGCACUAUCCUGCCUAGCGCGCAUUAAAGGCUUUAUACGUGGACCAGAGAAGAUGAUAGAUGACCGACAUAACUACCUCGAGGUUCUUGAGGGGCUGGAUAUGAUCGCAACUGGCGUGCCAGGGCAACGGAUUCAGGCGUUGGUGAAAGGCCAAAAGAAGCAUAAGUUGUGA